CAGAAUUUAUAGCAUAGAGAAGAGACUUGAGAGAAAGAAAAUGGCUAAAACAAACACACUCAACUCUAUGAAUACCUCCCAUGAAAAGGCGGUACAAGCUAUCCUUUAUGGCCAAAGCUGUGCCAAGCGGUUGAAGCUUCAGCUUGACCAUCCAAUUGCUGGCGGAAGAUCGGUUUCAAACUAUGAUCUUGCUAAAUCGAUUGUCCAUUGUUUUUCCAGUGCCAUCUCAAUCUUUUCUGAUAAACCAAAAUCGGAGGAUAAUUUAUUUUCUGAUUUAUCUUCAAGGGAUUCUUCUUCUUCUUCUUCUUCUCCUUCUCCUUCUCUUCCCCAGAGAAGCCACUCCAAGAAAAGAAAGAAUAAUAAUACAAAUUCAAGUGAGAAUUGGAGGCACGAUUCACCGGAUCCGAACUACUACGAUGGGUUUCUUUGGAGGAAAUAUGGCCAAAAGACUAUUAAACAAUCUAAACACCAAAGGAGCUACUAUAGAUGUUCUUACAACAUAGACCAUGCCUGUGGAGCAAGAAAGCACGAACAGAAGAUUAAAGACAAUCCCCCCGUUUACCGAACAACGUACUUUGGCCACCACACUUGCAAUAUCAACCAUAAGGUCCAUAACCAAGAUGCUGGUUUAACUACCGUUGGGGAAUCAGUUAAUGAUUUGGAAAAUUCCCGGAUGAUCUGGUUCGGAAAAGAUCUCGAUCAGGAGAAGGAAAGUCACACGAGCGGUUUAUCUAUAUCGGUUAAGCAUGAAGAAGGGAGCAUCAAAGAGGAAACUAUGGAUCAGUACCGUGGGAUAACCAGUCAUGAUAAAGAUUGUCAAAAUGUGAUUAAAGAGAAUCAUCAACCAUCGCCAUCAGGUUCUUAUACUCCUCCGUCGUCAUCUGGCAGUGAAAUUGACAUGUUUGAUUCAGAUCUGCUUGUGGAAGACUUAGAUUUAUGGGAUCGUUAUGAUAUGUAUGACUUUGGACUGCGUUACCUUUUUUCAGCUAAGAAUGUUAAAGAAUUUCCUUUUUACGAGUGAUAAUAUUUGAGGAUU